AUGCUCGCCAUCGUAGGCGCCUCCGGCAAAUUGGGCUUCGCCACCCUCACCUCCCUCCUAAACGAAAACCUCCUCCCCGCCUCCCAAAUCGUGGUCACCAGCUCCUCCGACUCGGGCACCCAAAAGCUCCGCAGCCUCAACCAACCAGAUCUCCAAAUCCGCUCCGCGCACUGGGACGACCCCUCCUCCUUCGAGUCCGCCCUCGCCGGCUGCGACAAACUCUUCCUCAUCUCCUCCUCGCGCAUCCAGAAAGACUUCUUCGACGCCCCGCCGGGCAAGGGACGGGAGGCCGACCACUUCGUCGCCCUGGAAGCCGCGAAGAAGGUCGGGGUGAAACAUGUCUACUACACCAGCCUCGGCUUCGCGAAGCCGAGUCAGAGUCGCGUGAUGAAGGCGCACGAGCGGACCGAGGACUGGUUGGCUCAGCAGAGUGGGUUGAAGUGGACGGUGUUGCGGGAGGGGUUGUAUAAUGAGAGCUGGCUGUUGUAUUUUGGGCACUAUGGGUUCCCGGGGGAUGAGAGGGAGGUGGUGAAGGUCGGUGGGGAUUCGAAGAUUUCGUGGACGGCGAUUGGGGAUUUGGGGUUGGCGAGUGCGAUGGUGAUUGCGGCGCCCGGGGAGGAGUGGGAGGGGAAGACGUUUUAUCUUUCGCAGAAGAAGGCACAUACGCUUGAGGAGGUGGCGGGGAUGGUGUCGAGGGCGAGGGGGAAGGAGGUGAGGUUGGAGGUUGUGGAGAGGCCGGAGCAUGAGAGGGUCUAUGUGGAGGAUAGAGGGAUGGAUGAGGGGUUUAUCAAGUGGUGGGCGAAGACGUAUGAUGCGUUGAGGGACAAUGAGUGUGAGAUCAGCGACCCUACGCUGGAAGACUUACUGGCAAAGAAGGGGCUGAAGCCGAAGGCAAUGGAGGACACAGUCAAAGACAUGUUGGCUGCGGCGAAGUGA